CGAGAAAAAUUAGCUGCGGGCGCGUUGGAGGAAAGAGCAUCGCGGAGGACAGUCGAGAUAAACCCAUUCAGGCCUGGUUUUGCUGCUUUGAUCUCUUUUACUCCUUCUCUACUCCUUCUUCUCUUCCUACUCGCAUAUCACAGCUGUAUCCACAAUGGUCAAAGAGACUAAGCUCUACGACGCGCUCGGUGUCGCCCCCGAUGCCAACGAUGCCCAGCUCAAGAAAGCCUACAGACUGAACGCCCUGAAAUAUCACCCGGAUAAGAAUCAGCACAACCCCGAGGCCUCGGAGAAAUUCAAGGAGAUCUCCCAUGCAUACGACAUCCUGUCCGACACCCAGAAGCGUGAAAUUUACGACAGAUAUGGUGAAGAAGGCCUGAACGGUGCCGGUGGCGCUGACAUGGGCGGCAUGAACGGCGCCGAGGCACUCUUCUCGCAGUUCUUUGGCGGCGGCGCUGGUGGUUUCGGUGGUAUGUUUGGCGGUGCCGGCGGCCGGCCCAGCGGUCCGCGUCGGAGCAGAGACAUCGUGCACGCGCUGCGCGUCACCUUAGAAGAUCUGUACAAGGGUAAGGUCGCCAAGCUUGCGCUCACGCGAACAAUAACAUGUCAGAAGUGCAGCGGCAAGGGCGGCAAAGAGGGCGCCGUCAAGAAGUGCAGCACUUGCAACGGUUCCGGUUCAGUUACGUUCCAGCGAGGAAUGGGUCACAUCAUCCAGCAAUUCCAGACUGUCUGCCACGACUGCAAGGGCGAGGGUGAGAUCAUCAAGGACAAGGAUCGGUGCAAGACCUGCAACGGAAAGAAGACCAUCAGCGAGAAGAAGAUCCUCGAGGUUCACGUCGACAAGGGAAUGUCAAACGGUCAGAAGAUCACUUUUCCCGAGGAGGGCGACCAAGGUCCCGAUAUCCUCCCCGGUGACGUUAUCUUUGUCAUUGACGAGCAGCCGCAUCAGAGAUUCACUAGAAAGCAUGACGACCUCUACUACCACGCCAAGAUCGAUCUCCUCACCGCCCUUGCCGGCGGCAGCAUCGCCAUCCAGCACCUCGACAACGAGUGGCUCAAGGUCGACAUCAUCCCCGGUGAGACCAUCAAGCCCGGCCAAGUCAAGGUCAUCGAGGGCCGCGGAAUGCCUUCGUACAGACUGCACAACAACGGAAACCUCUACAUCGAAUUCGAGGUCGAGUUCCCGGCCGACAACUUCACCACCCCCGACAAGCUCGCCCUGCUCGAGACCAUCCUCCCGCCCAGACCGGAAUUGGAGCUCCCCGCCGACGCCAUGGUGGAUGACGUCGUGCUCCAGGAUGUCGACCCGUCGCAGCAGGGACGGGCUAACGUUCGUAUGGACGAGGAUGACGAUGAUGACGAACAGGGCGGAGAGCGCGCUCAGUGCACUUCUCAGUAAACGAUGUUGAGCUGUCUUCUAUCGCGAUUUGUAAAAGGUUGUUUUUCAAAUAGGGCAUGAAUAAAAAUUAUAAACUACCAUUGAUUACCUUUAUAA